AAACUAAUAAAUCAAAUCAGUUAGCAACUGAGGAGUUUGAUCAAGAAGAAAUUUAUGAAUCAACCCGAUUAGAAUUAAAUGAAUCAAACCAAGAAACCAAUAAAUCAAACCAACAGGAAUCUAAUGAUGAUAAAAAACCACACCCUCCUGUAAAAUGCAUGUAUUGUCCAAAAACUUAUGAUCGUGGAAUUGCAACUCAAAUGCAAGCACAUUUAGAUAAUGAUUGUCAGGGUGCACCUAAUAAUGCAAAAACAAAAAAAAAAAAUUCAUCUCAAAUUUUUGAAAAUUUAGUUUUUAACAACAAUAAUUCAAUAACAUCUAAUCUUAAUAAACCUAAUAAUUUUUCUCAAAAACACACAAGAACUACAUUUAUUAAUGAUUUUGCUGAUAGUAUGAGUAAGAAAGAACAAGAAGAUCUCAAAUUUGCAUUAGCCCAAGCAUUAUUUGCUACGGGUGUAUCAUUUUCUUUUUUAGAAAAUCCAUAUGUUAUUGAAUUUUUUCAAAAAAUUCGUCCUGCUUUUAAAUUACCAAGUCGAUCAAAAUUGGCAAAUGAAUUAUUAGAUAAAGUUUACAAAAAAGUAAAAAAAGAAUCUGAUAAUAAAAUUGCAAAUGCACAAAGCUUGUUAAAAUAUUUUAAAUCGCAUCCACAAUCAAUGGCAAAACUUAAAUGUAUUCAACAAGAAAAUUAUUCUAAAGAAAUUUCACUAGUCUUACCUGCAAUUACACGAUGGGGCACCCAUUUUGAAUGUUUACAGUCAAUUAAAAAAUCAAAGAUCGCUUUAGAGCAAGCAUUAAUGGAUAUAAGAAUUCGAGAAAAUAUAAAUUCAGAUUUAAGAAAUUAUAUAUUAUCUGAUGAAUUCUGGGAAAAUUUGGAUUUAUUAAGUGCUAUUUUAGAACCAAUAGUAGUUACAUUAAAACAGCUUGAAUCAGAUAAUUCGACUCUUUCGUCUAUCUAUUUUUACUUCAAAAAAAUGGUAGAAGAGAUUUGUAAAAUUUCUUGUUGUUUUUCUGAUGAACUUAAUAAACUUGUUGAAGAACGAUGGGAAUAUACUUAUCAUCCAAUUCGAAUGGUGGCCUAUAUGUUAGAUCCACGGUUUUUAGAAACAAAUAAUCCAUCAGAAGAAGCUAUGGGAUAUUCUGAAUUUACAACAUUUACUAAAGAAAAAUUUGGUCAAGAUGAAUCUGUAACCUUGUUUAUUGAGUUGGUUAAAUUUCGCAAAAAAACCUCACCAUACAAUAAUGAAGUUAUUUGGAAUUCAGCAACAUCAUUUACUCCAUCGUUAUGUAAGUACGAUACUAGAACUGAUCAAGAAACUAAUUGUGAUAACAGUGAUAGCGAUGAAUUAUUCGAUAAUGGAUUUGAAACGAAUGUAAUAGAUUUGACAGCCAAUGAAAU